AUGAACGCUCACGCAGCGCAAAGCUUUGAAACAGCGAACUACAGCAGCGUUGGUGAAAACCACCGCGAGCGAACCCUCAGCAGCUCAAUUUACGAGACGGACCCGGUGUCGCCGGACACUGCGGUCAGUUCGGAGGCGACCGCGUUUCAAGAAUCUUUUCCAAGUUUGAAAUUGAAGGAGAAGGACACACCUAACCGACGUUGGUGGCGGUUUUGGGCACGCCCGUCGGCUGCUGGUGAAGAUCCCGAGGCAGGCGACCCUAAAAAGGCGGCAAAGGCCUCUGGUCCGGAGAGCGCUUACACCACGGGCGUGACUGCACGGCGAAUCUUCGCGCUUGCCUGGAGCUCGUCUGCAACUAUGAUUGUUAUCGGAUUCAUUGCUUCUAUUUUGGAAGGAGCAACGCUACCAGCGUUCGCGAUUGUAUUCGGUCGAAUGUUUCAAGUUUUCACGAAGAGCAAAAGCCAGAUCGAAGGCGAAACAUGGAAGUAUUCCGUUGGAUUCGUCGGUAUCGGUGUCUUCGAGUUCAUCGUAGCCGGGUCAAGAACGGCUUUGUUUGGGAUCGCAAGCGAACGUCUAGCUCGGGACCUGCGAGUCGCGGCUUUCAGCAACCUGGUCGAGCAAGACGUGACUUAUUUCGACCGCCGCAAAGCUGGUGAGCUCGGUGGAAAGCUGAAUAACGACGUUCAGGUCAUCCAGUACUCGUUCUCGAAACUCGGUGCGGUUUUAUUCAAUCUCGCCCAAUGCGUUGUCGGUAUAAUCGUGGCGUUUAUAUUCGCGCCUGCCCUCACUGGCGUCUUGAUCGCGCUCUCACCGUUGGUUGUGCUCGCUGGUGCCGCCCAGAUGAUCGAGAUGAGUGGCAAUACGAAAAGAAGCUCUGAAGCGUAUGCGAGUGCUGGAUCGGUUGCAGCGGAGGUGUUCUCGAAUAUUCGCACGACCAAAGCCUUCGAGGCAGAGCGCUACGAAACGCAACGAUACGGCAGCAAGCUUGAUCCCUUGUACCGUCUGGGGAGGCGACGCUACAUCUCAGACGGUCUCUUCUUUGGACUGUCUAUGUUGGUGAUUUUCUGUGUCUAUGCGCUUGCCCUGUGGUGGGGCGGGCAACUGAUCGCUCGCGGCUCUCUGAAUCUGGGUAAUUUGCUAACUGCAUUCUUCAGCGCCAUACUCGGCUUCAUGGGAGUCGGUCAGGCGGCUCAGGUCUGGCCUGACGUCACCCGCGGACUCGGUGCUGGUGGCGAGCUCUUUGCAAUGAUCGACCGUGUACCACAGUACCGACGUCCUGACCCCGGCGCUGAAGUCGUCACGCAGCCUCUGGUACUGAAGCAAGGCAUUGUCUUCGAGAACGUCCACUUCCGGUACCCGACACGAAUGAACGUGGAAGUGUUACGAGGGAUUUCCCUGACAAUCCCUAAUGGAAAGACGGUCGCUAUUGUCGGCGGAAGCGGUGCCGGCAAGUCGACCAUUAUUCAGCUCCUGAUGCGCUUCUACGAUAUCGAACCGCAAGGCGGCGGUCUCUUGCUCUUCGACGGUACGCCCGCCUGGAACUACGACUUUCACGCCUUGCGUAGUCAGAUUGGGCUUGUUUCGCAGGAGCCGGUUCUAUUUUCUGGAACCAUCCGCGAUAAUAUUCUCUAUGGCAAACGAGAUGCUACAGAUGAGGAGGUCAUUCAGGCCUUGCGCGAAGCCAAUGCGUACUCUUUUGUUAUGGCAUUACCCGAUGGACUGGAUACCGAGGUCGGAGAGCGAGGUCUGGCGUUAAGCGGCGGCCAGAAACAACGCAUCGCUAUCGCUCGAGCGAUUCUGAAGCAUCCAACGCUACUCUGCUUGGAUGAAAGCACCAGCGCUCUGGAUGCAGAGAGCGAGGCUCUCGUUCAGGAGGCGCUGGAUCGGAUGAUGGCCUCUGACGGCGUUACCAGCGUUGUGAUUGCCCACCGCUUGUCCACAGUGGCGCGUGCAGACCUCAUUCUCGUAAUGCAGGAUGGUGUCGUGGUUGAACAAGGCAACCACUCGGAGCUCAUGGCUCUGGGCCCAUCAGGAUUCUACUACCAACUCGUUGAGAAGCAGUUGGCCAGCGGUGACAUGAGCGCUGCCUAA